AUGAAACGUUCUUGUUCAGUUUUUACUACAUCAACUAAUAACAAUUUUGAUUGUAAUAAUCUUGUUGGUAGUCGAAAAAGAGGUGUUAAUUCUGUUAGGGUAAGUAUUAGACAUCUCUUUAUAAAGGUUAUCAACGGAAGGUUCUAGAACACUUUGGAAUUUUUCAAUAAAGUUUAGAAAAAUUGGCGGAAGACUUUUGCAAGCACCUAAUACUUCGAAAAUAUGAUACGGUAGAACAAUUUAAUCAAAAGCUUAUUUUUUAAACUUUUUUUUAUAAAAUUAUCUUUUCAGUUCGAAUCAAACACAAACUUCCAACCAAAACGUCGACCUCAACCUAUACCAAAGCCACAGUAUGAGAGUGUUCCCUUUAUCUGCUUACGAUUUUUUGCCUUUUUAUUUGGAUUCCUAUGUCGUCCACUAUAUAUGUUGAUCAUCAUAGCCUACGCCAACUUCUCUUCAGAUCUUGACUUGUUUGCCAUUGGUUUUGGAUUGACUUUUAACAUGAUAUGUAUAGCAUUGGCAUGGCAUUUUGGGAGGAAAUGGGGGACGGUUGCUUGCAUGGUUUUUGAGGUAUGGAUAAAAUAUUUAUGUUUUUACUAUGGCAUCUUUUAUAUGUUCUUCUGUUGAAAUUUUAGGUAACACUAAUGUACAAUAUCACCAAACUCACCUGCACAAUGUUAACCAACCUUAUACAAAGCCUUUUGCAUUCAGUAUCUAGUAACAAGUACCCAGACUUUCUAAAAAGAUACCACAUCUACGAUCAGAUACCCCUACUAGCUACUUUUAUAUUCUUCUUGGUUUAUCAACUACAACUAUUCAUAGUACUAUGCAAAUCUCUAAAGAAUGUGCCAUUAUUUCCGAAACGCCCAAAAACCAAGUUUUAUCAUUAUUUUCGAAAAAUUGAAAAGUACACCACCUUCUUUGGCCCAAUUGUAAUGCUAUUACUGACAUGUAUAAUAUUAGCCCACCUAUUUAGUCUAGAAACCUGUGGGCAUGGCAAGAAAUGUGACGGUAAUGUAAUAAUGACCAAGACCUACUACAACUCAAAGCCAGCUGAGGUAAAUGCUUUGAGAGAUCGAGUUACGGCCAUGAAGAUGUUGACUAGCUACAUGACUCGAGGAAGCUACAAUAUCAACUUUGAUGAAGUGCCGUUAAAAAGUGGAUUAAAGUUUACUGAAGACAAAGUUAGAUGGGAUGUGCUACAGGGAUAUAACAAGAAUCCGAAGCGGAACCAGACCAUUCUUUUUGGUCCUAUUUAUUAA